AUGGCUGAAAUAGUUCUCUACGACACAGCUGGGAGCAUCAUUAGGAGUUUGGGUUCUCUUGCUCUCCAAGAGAUUGGAGUGUUAUGGGGUUUCAAAAAUGAGCUUCGAAAGCUCGGGGACACCGUUUCCACCAUCCAAGCUGUGCUUUUGGACUCGGAGGAGAAGCAGGCCCAUAACCAUGUGAUCAAAGAUUGGCUUGGGAAGCUCAAGGAUGCCAUGUACGACGCCGACGACUUGCUGGAUGACUACUCCACUCAACUUUUACGUCGACAACUGAUGACACGAGAUAAGAAGAUGGCAAAACAGGUACGCAUCUUCUUUUCCAAAUCGAACCAGCUUGUAUAUGGCUUUAAAAUGGGUCAUAGGAUCAAGGCAGUUAGGGCAAGACUGGAUGAAAUUGCAAUUGAUAGGAUCAAAUUUGGCUUCAAUGAGCACACCACAGCGACACAGUUUGAGCAUAUGAAAAGACAAGAUACACACUCAUUUGUACAUGGGGAAGAUGUCAUUGGGAGAGAGGAUGAUAAGGAGUCUAUUAAAAAGCUGUUAUUCGAUCCCAAUAUGAAUGAGAAGAAUGUUUCCAUAAUUACCAUAGUUGGGAUUGGUGGACAAGGAAAGACCACGCUUGCGCAGUAUGUGUACAACGACGAGGAGGUUCGAAGACAUUUUGACCUGAGGAUGUGGGCAUGUGUCUCUGAUCCUUUUGACAUGAAAACUAUCAUUGUAAAGCUCAUAGAAUCUGCGACUAAGAAGAGACCUAAAAGCCUUGAGAUGGAUCCAUUGCAAAGUGAGCUUCGAGCAAAAAUUGAUGGGAAGCAAUAUUUACUUGUUUUAGACGAUGUGUGGAAUGAGAAUCGUGGUAUAUGGUCCGACUUGGAAAAGUUGAUAGUGGGUGGCCUAAGAGGAAGCAAAGUUUUGAUUACUACACGUAGCGGAAAGGUUGCAGAGAUUAUAGAUUAUGAAAUUGAAAUGACGGUGUUGAUUCAGUUAUGGAUAGCUCAAGGCUUUCUUCAUUCAUCAUCUGGAAAUAGACAUCUUGAAGAUAUUGGUCGCGAAUAUUUUAUGGAUUUGCUUUGGAGGUCGAUUUUCCAAGAGGUACAAAGAGAUAUAGUUGGUGAAAUAGGAAAGUGCAAAAUGCAUGACCUUAUUCACGAUCUUGCACAGUCAGUAGCAGGUGAGGAGUGCACAAUUUUAUAUCCAAAUAGAGAAAAAGUGGUUGGAAGAACUCGUCAUGUGGCAUUUCAUUCUUCAGAUUCAUUACUGGAUAUUCCUGCUCUUUUGCCCAAGCCUAACAAAAUGAGAACACUUCUUCUACGCAUUCCAAUACUUCCAGGAUUUGAUGAUGCAUUUAACUCGAACAAUUUGGUACUUGAGUUGAAUAAGCCAAUCUCUAAUACACUUAUUUCAAGUUUUAAAUGCUUGCGUGCUUUGAAUUUGAGUCAGUCAAGUAUUCAAAAAGUGCCGAAUUCCAUUGGCAAGUUAGAGCAUUUAAGAUUUCUAGAUCUGUCUAGGAACGAAGAUAUCAAACUACUCCCUGCUUCUAUAACUAAAUUGCAGAAUUUGCAAACACUAAGACUUGAGUUUUGUCGUGGGCUUAAAGAAUUGCCAGAAGAGACUAGAAACUUAAUCAGCCUUAGGCAUCUUGGGCUAGAAGGGUGUGAUAGCUUGACUCAUAUGCCUCAUGGACUGGGAAAAUUGAUUGCUCUCCAAACAUUGUCGCUAUACAUUUUAGGGAAGAAAAAAAGUUUUCUUUCCAAGCCAAAGGGUGGGCUAGGGGAGCUGGAUGGUUUAGAUGAGUUGAGAGGAGACUUAUGGAUCAAGGGUUUAGAGCACUUGAGAUAUUCUCCAUCAAAAGCAAAGGCUGCAAACUUGGAGAGGAAGCGGCAUCUUCAAUGGCUGAUGUUAGAGUGGGACCCAGAACCUAGUGAUGAAAGUGAUAAGGUGUGGCGUUAUCUAGUUGGGUGUCCUCGCUCACAAAUUUGA